AAUUCUCGUUGUGUAGCACGUCGUCCGUCGACCUCAUUGAGCCGGGUGCACAGCGGGAUGGCGCACGCUGGUGCGCUCGGCCGCUUGCAGACCGCACAGCGACCUACUGCCUUGAAGCUUUACUGCUUUCCCUCGCUUGCCGUUCAAUCUUACCGGGUGGUAGAAAUCUCACGAAGACGAUGUCGCGCUAAACCUUCUUGCGCCCAUGCGUCGUCACUGCCAGCAAGCGCAACGUUGCAAACUGAGCCAGGAACAACAGCAUCGUGUUCGUUGUAUAGCCGCCGUAAGCAACUGCUCGCCUUGACUGCCGCUGCUGGUUUGCUUGCAAUGGCUGGACCCGCUAAGGCCGGCAUUCCAUGCCCAGGUCUCAACGGCUACGCGCUGCAGCAAUGCCUUCGGGAGGUUCGUAGGGCCCGGGAGGCAUCAGAACGGGAGCGGCAGGCGGGCAGCAGUGGAACUGCAGGCGGCUCGGCUGCUGCUGGCGCCAGCAGCAGUAGCAGCGUCAGCGACAGGGAUGCCGUACAAGAGGAGCGGUUGCGGUACCGGCAGUACGAACAGCCGGGGACAUUAGUCACAUUACCGAACGGCACCCAGUACCGGGAGCUGCUGGAGGGCUCCGGCCCCGCCGCGACCCACGGGUCGGUGUGCGAGAUCUCCUACAUCGUGUACCGCCUCUCCUCCGGCGCCUACUACAAGUACAGCGGCGGAGGCACCCCGGUGUUCCUGUUCUCGCUGGGGUACGGCCAGGAAGGCAAGGACGAUGUGGGGCAGACGUACAGGUUCAGGCUGGAUGACCCGCUGGCGCUGCCCGCUGCGGUGCCCCCCGCGCUGCUGGGCAUGCGGCAGGGCGGACGGCGCCGGGUGCUGGUGCCGCCGGGGCUGGGCUGGGUGGACGAUAAGGUGGGCCCCCGGCCCGACACGUUCGGCGGGCGGCGGCGGCUGUCGGGGCACCGUGGGGAGCCGCUGCUGCUGGAGGUGGAGCUGGUGCGGGUGCUGGGGGCGGUGGGACCGGGG